AAAGGAGGCCCCAUGCAGCGCUGGCCAGAUCUCCUGGACUCGGGCUGGUGAGACGAUCCAUUUAUCCAACAGCAUAGCUGCCAACCACCAAGACUGGGUAAUGCCAGGCCUGCCGCUCUCGCUCUCCCUGUGCAAGAAACUAAUUCGGACUCUGGCGGUGGCCGCGCUACCGCGCAAUUGAGUCUUGCCUACAGCACUGGCAACAGGAGGAGCUUUCCUUGCCAGCCCUCCACCGCAUAUUAAACAACGAGGGCCCCAACGGCUCGACCCUCGCCAGCUUCGCAACCAAGCUCCCGUUGCCUAGGCUAGCCGCCUCCACCCUCGCCCAAGAUGUCGGGCUUUCUCGAGAACGCGUACAGCCUGGUGCACCAGGACAAUGCCGCCGACGUGCCCUCGCUUAACGACCUGCGCACGCAGCUGGAGAAGGGCACUGAUGAGGGCAAGGUCGGCACCAUGAAGCGCAUCCUGACCGUCAUGCUCAACGGCGACCCCAUGCCGUCCCUGCUCAUGCACAUCAUCCGCUUCGUCAUGCCGUCCAAGUCCAAGCCGCUGAAGAAGCUGCUGUACUUCUACUACGAGAUCUGUCCCAAGCUGGACGCCCAAGGGAAGCUGAAGCAGGAGAUGAUUUUGGUUUGCAACGGCAUCCGUAACGAUCUGCAACACCCCAACGAAUACAUCCGAGGCAACACGCUCCGCUUCUUGUGCAAGCUGCGGGAAGCCGAGCUCAUCGAGCCACUCCUCUCCUCCGCCAGGUCGUGUCUCGAGCACAGGCACGCAUACGUGCGCAAGAACGCCGUCUUCGCCGUCGCCUCCAUCUACCAACAUUCGCCUUCUCUCAUCCCCGACGCCGCAGAACUAAUCUCCACUUUCCUCGAGGGCGAGAACGAUCCGACCUGCAAGAGGAACGCAUUCGCCGCUCUGUCAUCCAUAAAUCACGAUGCUGCUCUUGCCUACCUCAGCACCGUAUUCGACGGUAUCCCCAACGCCGAGGAGCUUUUGCAGCUGGUGGAGCUUGAGUUCAUCAGGAAAGAUGCUGUCCAGAACUCCCAGAACAAGGCCCGGUAUCUGCGGUUAAUUUUCGACCUUUUGGAAGCCGGUGCUUCCACUGUAGUUUACGAAGCCGCCUCAUCGUUGACGGCGCUCACCAGCAACCCCGUCGCCGUCAAGGCCGCCGCCACCAAGUUCAUCGAGCUCAGUAUAAAGGAGGCAGACAACAACGUCAAGCUCAUUGUGCUGGAUCGUGUGGACAGGCUCAGGAAGAACAACGAUGGUAUCCUAGACGACCUCGUCAUGGAGAUCCUACGUGUUUUGUCCAGCCCCGACAUCGAUGUACGGCGGAAAGCACUGGGCAUUGCCCUGGACAUGGUUUCGAGCAAGAACGUCGAGGAGGUUGUGCUGCUGCUUAAGAAGGAACUGUCCAAGACGGUCGACCAGGAGUACGAGAAGAACACCGAGUACCGCCAACUCCUGAUCCAUUCCAUCCACCAGUGUGCCAUCAAGUUCUCCGAGGUUGCCGCCAGCGUAGUGGAGCUUCUGAUGGACUUCAUCGCCGACUUCAACAACGCAUCCGCCGUCGACGUCAUCAACUUCGUCAAGGAGGUAGUGGAAAAGUUCCCCACGCUCCGCCCUUCGAUCGUCUCGAGGCUCGUCGACACCUUGGCCGAGGUUCGCGCCGGCAAGAUUUACCGUGGAAUCCUCUGGAUUAUCGGAGAGUACUCGCUGGAGGACAAGGACAUUAGAGACGCCUGGAAGAGGAUCCGCGCUAGCCUGGGGGAGAUACCGAUUCUAGCAUCGGAGCAGAGAUUGCUGGACAACGUUGAUGGAGAAGAGGAGAAGGACAAGGACCAGGUCAACGGCCACAACAAGGCCGCGGCUCCAACAGGUUCGAGGAAAGUGCUGGCCGAUGGUACAUACGCAACCGAAACGGCCCUUACCAGCCAGUCGGCGGCCGCCGCAAAGCUCGAGGCGGUUAAGGCGGCACAGAAGCCCCCGCUGCGCCAACUUAUCCUGGAUGGCGACUACUACCUAGCAACGGUGCUUUCGGGCACGCUAACCAAGCUGGUUAUGCGCUACUCAGAAAUCUUUCCCGGCCACGAACGCACCAACGCGCUGCGAGCCGAGGCCAUGCUGAUCAUGAUCUCCAUCAUCCGCGUGGGCCAGUCGCAGUUUGUCAAGGCUCCGAUCGACGAGGACUCGGUCGACCGCAUAAUGAGCUGCGUGCGCAGCCUGGCCGAGUUUUCGCAGCGCAAGGAGCUGGAGAAGGUGUACCUUGAGGACAGCAAGAAGGCUUUCCGUGCCAUGGUGGCGGUUGAGGAGAAGAAGCGGGCGGCGAAGGAGGCGGUGGAGCGGGCCAAGACGGCCGUCCAGGUCGACGACGUCGUCUCCAUCCGGCAACUCAGCAAGAAGAACGCGGGCGAUGGGGCCGACCUGAUCGAGGCGGACCUGGAGCGCGCCACGGGCGGAGACGCGAGUGCAGCCGAGGACCUUAGCAGCAAGCUGAGUCGAGUCGUGCAGCUCACGGGCUUCUCGGAUCCCGUGUACGCCGAGGCCUAUGUCAAGGUGCACCAGUUCGACAUUGUGCUGGAUGUCCUGCUGGUCAACCAGACUACCGAGACGCUGCAGAACCUGUCAGUUGAGUUCGCUACCCUCGGGGACCUCAAGGUGGUGGAGCGGCCGACGACACAGAACCUGGGCCCGCACGACUUCCACAACGUUCAGUGCACCAUCAAGGUCUCAUCGACAGACACAGGCGUCAUAUUCGGUAACGUCGUCUAUGACGGCGCACACAGCACCGACACCAACGUCGUCAUACUGAGCGACGUCCAUGUGGACAUUAUGGACUACAUCCAGCCUGCCACGUGCACCGAGACGCAGUUCAGGACCAUGUGGACUGAGUUCGAAUGGGAGAACAAGGUCAACAUCAACAGCAAGGUCAAGACGCUUAGGGGUUUCCUUGACGAGCUGAUGCGUGCCACCAACAUGAACUGCCUGACCCCCGAGGCCGGACUCAAGGGCGACUGCCAGUUCCUGAGCGCGAACCUGUACGCCAGGAGUGUCUUUGGCGAGGAUGCACUGGCCAAUCUCAGCAUCGAGAAGGAGGGUGACGAUGGUCCCAUCACGGGCUUUGUCCGGAUACGCAGUCGCUCACAGGGCCUGGCUCUCAGUCUAGGGUCCCUGAAGGGACUGAACAAGAUCGGAACUACCUCUUGAGCCGAGGAUGGUAUUCUGAAUCCUACCUUCGAGUCCGAUACGACGGCCUGAGUGAAUUUUUUUCAGCCACGUGGUACCAUGACCGCCCCCGCCAUGCGUACUGGGGCCGGGUUUACGCCUGUCUCGGGAGGUUUUAUCUAGUGUCAGGAAAGACUUUAGAGGCGCCGAGUAUGGUGACGGAUAGCAGCUGUCGAGGAGGGGAUAUCAAGCCGAUGUCAAGGAGAAUCCUGUAAACAUCGCGUUUGUGCAAGGGAAAACGCAAGGUGUUGCAACGAUCCUAGAAUUCCCUACCUAGCAGCAGGGUUUUUACUUAUGGGCCGGGUGGGAUUUUGGUCCUGGAGGUCCUGGAGACAGACAGAAACGGAGUCGAGACUACGGCAUGCGAAAAAUCAAUGGUUUGUCUUCUUCUUCUUAAACAGUAACGACGGAAUGCCUUUUUUCUCUCUAGCGCGGUGGGGAUUGUCACUUGCUAUGCAAGAUCGCAAGCUCCGCGUCGUGGCGCCAUUGCAUAUGCAGGAGUCUGAACACGACGACUUGCAUUGGUGAAAAUGAGGUCAAAAAAUAUAAAUUCAUUAUACACUACAUGUCAUUAUAUAACAAAAAAAAAGAAAAGACACCAAAAAAAAAGGCGCGUAGUCCGCUCGGAAUGCCACACAUGACAAGAGAAGGGGUCGUGAGAGGGCAAAAAGAGUGUGAAGAAAAAGAAUACAAA